AGAGGAGGAAAAAACACAAGGAGGGGGAAAAAUAUAAGAGAAGAACACGGGAAACGGGAGGGAAAAGAGGGGAGGGGAGAUAUAUCAUAUUGUUCAUUUCUCUCUCUUAGUCUGCCAUCCCGGUUGCGCGGCUUACUGCUCGGUGCCGUCUUGGAGAGGAAAAGAGAGUGAGAGAGAGAGCGAGAGAGAGGAGGGGUGGACAGAGCGAAAGAGGGCGGAAUGCCCCUUUACAGGCGUCGCAUCUGACUAGAACAGCGGAGAAUCUCGUAAUUCGGAAAUUGGUCAGAUAGGAGGACACUGCUUUCUGCAACACCAAGGUUCUGUUGAAAAAAAUCUCCACGACUGACAGUGACAACCAAUCCACGCUGAUGUGCUGGCAAGGCCAAGGAUCCCGAUGCAUUCCACCAAUUCCUGCUGGAGCUAGAUGACUAAGAGCUCAGCACAACAGGCUCCCAUUUCUGAUCUUGGAAACAUUAGGAAAAUAACAAGAUAAAGGUUAUGCAUGCACUGCAGGCAUAACUCCACGCUCCUCAGCCAAAUCUGUUUGCAAAGAAAAUUUCACACGUAGUGUCUCCACACGGGCUUGCAACAUGGCCCACAACCUGAAGAGCUGAGUUCAAUAAAGGGAAAGUGAGAGGGGCGGGUGCUGCUCACUCAUUCAUGGGCACAUCGGUCUGGCCUCUGCGAUCCAGCCUGCAGAGUCCCUUGUGUUCUUGCUUUAUCACAGCUGUCCCCUCAACUUCCUCUGCCUAAUCGCUCUCAGCUCGCACCUUGUAAAAGGUGGACAGCCCAAAACUGUGCUUACCCAAGCGCCGUCCGAUAGGUGAGGGCGGCGAGGGCUGCGCUGUCAUUGGCUGACUGCUGGUGAGAGUGCGAUGCGGAUUGGAGGAUGUCAGGGGACUGGGAUGAAGACCUGUGUAAGAAGGCGCUGGUGUUGGUGGAGGAGCUGUGCUUCAACACGAGGGGUUACAGCCAGAACGAACGCUGCCAGGAGUUCAUCUUCCUGAGGAGGGGCAACAGGCCGCUAGAUACAGAGAUCUCUGUCAGUCUGCUGUCGGUCAUUGUGACAUUCUGCGGCAUCGUCCUCCUCUCCGUCUCCCUUUUCGUCUCCUGGAAGCUCUGCUGGCUACCAUGGCGGGACAAGGAGGGCGGAGGUCUGAGCCUGACAUCGGGGUUGCUUCCUGGAACCGCCGGUGUCGGAAACCUUGCAGCUGCCGGGGGCUCGUCACUCUUACCCCCGCUGCUGCAGAGGAAAGAGGGCCACUCCUCGUCCUCGCUCUAUCCCACCCUUGGCCAGCAGGGCCAGCACCACCCCCAUUUCUCUGACCUGGUGGGGCUGGAGAGGGGUGAGGUCGGAGGCGUGGUUGGAGGGCCAAAUGAGACCCAGGAGCACUCCUACCUGGACAUGGACACCUACCCCAACAAUGCUGGAACUCUGAAGCUGAGUCAGACGUCUCCAGACGUUCCCAACUCAGAGGGUGGAGCCCAUAAAGACCUGCCGAACGCUCACUCCCAACAGCAGGUCACCCCUCGGCCCAAGCCCAUGACUCACCAGCUCUCCAGUCCCGAUUUCCACGGAGAGGAGAAGGAACAGGUAACCAGCAUUGGGCAGAUUAAACCGGAGCUCUACAGACCCAAAGGCGACCAGGGCGAAGGCAAACAGGGCGACACCUGCGGCAAGAUCAGCUUCCUCCUGCGCUACGCCUUCAAUACGGAGCAGUUGGUGGUGAAGAUACUGAAAGCUUUGGACCUGCCAGCGAAGGAUGCCAAUGGCUUCUCUGACCCGUACGUGAAGAUUUACCUACUGCCAGACAGGAAGAAGAAAUUCCAGACAAAGGUCCACAGGAAGACCUUAAACCCAGUGUUCAAUGAGACAUUUCAGUUUGGCGUGCCGCUGAAUGAGCUACAUUCCAGGAAACUGCAUUUCUCCGUGUACGACUUUGACCGCUUCUCCAGACACGACCUGAUAGGCCAGGUAGUGGUGGACAACCUGCUGGACUUCAGCGAGGGCACCGGGGACAAACCCAUCUGGAGGGACAUUGUGGAGGGCACUGCGGAGAAGGCCGAUCUCGGGGAACUUAAUUUCUCGCUGUGUUACCUGCCCACUGCAGGCAGGCUCACCGCUACAAUCAUCAAGGCCACCAACCUCAAAGCCAUGGACCUGACUGGUUUCUCAGAUCCGUACGUGAAGGCCUCUCUGGUAUGUGACGGGCGGAGGCUAAAAAAGAGGAAGACCUCCAUCAAGAAGAACACGCUGAAUCCCACGUACAACGAGGCGCUGGUGUUUGACAUUCCCAAUGAAAAUAUAGAAAAUGUAUCCAUCAUCAUCGCAGUGAUGGACUAUGACUGCAUCGGUCAUAACGAGGUUAUAGGGAUGUGUCGUGUAGGGAGCGAAGCUGAAGGUCCGGGGAGGGAGCACUGGGCUGCCAUGCUGGCCAAUCCUCGCAAACCAAUAGAGCACUGGCAUCAGCUUGUGGAGGAAAAAGCAAUCGGUACAUUUGUGUCAAAGAGUUCCACCACAUCCUCCCCAAAGCCACACAUCGUGGUGGACAGUCCCCACUCCGAUUAAAACUGUCAUCAUCAUCUCUACAGCUCCAGACUUUGCUUUCUUUCUUCUCAUCUGUGAAUAAUUCUCUCCAUCAAAGAAAGAGAGACGUGGAGACACUGCUAGUGUCCAACUGCUAGUGCUGUUCUGCUCCUGCUAAUGAAUCCUUCAACUCCUGUGCUGUCUUUACUGAACUGGAGGGGGGAAAAAUCAGCUCCAUCCAUCACAAGCUACACUUUUGAGCAUCAGACUACACAUUUACAAACACAUGUGGACACUUAACGGUACAGUGGACUGAAAUCAGGUGUACAUUUUGGGAUCUAGCGAGGAAACACCCACCCACACACACACACAGACAAAUACACAAAUACAGAGUUUGUAGUAUGUGAGUAGUCCAUGUGUGCUUCAGAUUAGUGUAGUAUUUCAUCUAGAAGGAGUGUGACGUGACAAACUUUUUCUCUCUUGAAAACUAAAAAAAGUCAAAAGUAAGCCAUCGUAGAAUGGUCAUUUCAAACAGGACCAAAGGUUCAUGCCCUUGUACAGACUACAAAAGAAGAAAAUCCUUAUGUCAAUAUUUUUCUUUUAGUGUACAGUAUAUGCCGUACUGUAUAGGAAUACAUCUCAUGUAGUACUAGCAGGGCGAAAUAUCCACCGUGGAUACUCUCGGCCAUUUUGGACGCCUUCUCCAGGGUUCCUACCCUCUGGUUUCAGAGUUAACUCGCUUAUUUUCCCCAGAGGAAAGAUGACGAGGCAUCCAGUGGUCUUUAUUGAUGUCAGAAGAGCGAAAAAUGAGGACAGACUCAUUGGUCUAAGCAUGUUACAUAGCCUUGAAAUGUGUCCCUCUUCCUCAUGCUUUUUGUCACAGUCCUCAUGGUGCUCGUUAGUAUUUUUUAAAUUAUUUUGCUCUGUCAUUUGUGUGAAACAGUAUACAUGCAACCAUGCGGAAAUGAGUUUAUUCAUGCCAUUUUUUUUACGGUCCACUGAGGAUGAGAUGAUGCGAGACACGAACUAUUUGAUCGACACUGGCUUUCAGGCCAAAUCGCCAGACUUUUCCUAAUGUAGGACAAAACGGGUUCAACGAAUCCUGGCUUUAGGAUUGGACCAGCAUCUGUUUGGAGUGCACUAGCUGGAGGAUGUAUCCCACACUGAAGGAUAUCACCACUCUAAUUUAUUUUUCAAUCAUUCCAGGACAAUGUGUUUUUUGUUGUUUUUGUUCCUCAAGCUUCAAUUGACAAAAUUAUUAGUCCAUAUCAUGUCACCGACAAGACUUUAGGAGGACACACACGUCCGUGUUGCUUUUAUUAGUGUGUGUUUCUGUGUUUGUGGGCGUGUUUGUUUUGUAUCGUGCGUGUCUGUGCGUGUGUGUAUGCCUGCGUGUCACUGUGACCUUGUGUGUGACACGUUUUUGUGCUCACCUCCUCCUUUUCCUCCUCUCCCGUGUCCUUUUCCUGUCUUGCCUCCCUCGCUCCUCGAAUCCCGGCAUCCACAGACUGUGAAAAGCGCGUCUUGGAGCCAACUUUGUGUUGUGUCUUUACAAGGAGCUAUUUUCUGUGUGUGUGUGUGUGUGUGUGUGUGUGUGUGUGUGUGUGUGUGUGUGUGUGUGUGUGUGUGUGUGUGUGUGUGUGAGUGAGUGAAUGUGUAUGUACUAUACGUGCCUCAUUGCACUAGGUGGGGAAGCACUGUCUUUCAUAGACAUUAGUUUGUAUUGUCUAUGUCGUCUCUGAAAUCAGCUGCCAAUCAUUCAGCCCUUCUCUCCUCUCUCACCCUUUGCCUGAUGUAAGUAACUGUGUUGAUUGUGUACUUCUUUCAGUAGUUUGUGUACUGUAUGUCCGAGGGAAAAUCAGGACGGCGCUGGCAUUGAUCAUUUUAAUUGUUGGGUGUGUUUUGAUUACAUUCAUGAGAAGGAAGACAACAAAAAAUAAAAGGUUUAAGGGAAAAAAAAAAACAGAUCAAGAUAAAUUUAGAUCCCCAUAAAGGCGAGACAUCAGGGAGGAGGUGUUGUGAGAAACGAGCGCUUGAAAUAUCUGCACUACUUGUGUAAACCGAUACAGACUUUUCAAAGCCAUGUCUGUCACCACACUGUAACCUCAGCAAAACAGUACAACACCUCACUGCAGCUACUUGUAUUGUUGCCAUUUCAGUCUCAUCCUCACGUGCACAAACUACACACGUGUGUGUAUUUUGUGCGUGCAGUUUGGGGAUGGGGGGGGGGGGAUCUAGUUUUCCUUUGGAUCAGUGAAGGUAGCAGGAGGUUAUAAUUACAUCUGAAAGUAUUUUGUGUUGUUUGUCAGAUGGGGGGUUAUUGAUCAGCUUGUAUAAGUAGAUAUGGUAUUGAUCCAUCGGUCUAGAGGCCCCAUAAACUCUCCUCCUUUCCCAGCCUCUCUCCUUCUCUCUCUGCUUGUGUCUACCCUAUUUAGCCCUAGUGUUACUGCCUUGUGAUAGACUGCAAAACUCAUACUGGAGCCAGCACAUUCCCUUAUUCUCCUCCUCCCUCUGUCCACCCCCCCACCCCCACCCCAUCUAAACCCCUCCCUUUCUGUUUCUGUCUGUCUGAUUACUCAUUUUCUCCUCCAGCAAUCCUUACCUUUCCUCCUGCAACUCUCCAUCACCUAACCAUUUUUCCUGCUCUACUUUUUCCUCCCCAGUUCCUUCAGCUUUCUCCCCCCAUCUUGCCCUCUUUCUUUCUCUCUGUGUAUGACAACCCCACCCCACCCUUUCCGUCCUCCUCCUUAUUCUCCCCCUCGCUGUCUUCUCUCGUUUGUGCAGUUCCGAAUGGUCAUGGGGAAACAUGUUUGCAUGCUUAUAUUAACAUGAAUGAUGUCAACUUGAUGCAAUGAAAAUUAUAUAAGUGAUGCUUUAAGCAAAAUCUGACAAAGAACUUGAUACUAAUACUACUAAUGACGACUAAAAGGAGAUCUAGCAGAUGUUUAUCUCUGUGGUCAAAAACAACACUGAAGAAAAAGGAUUGUUUAUGCUGUAUUUAUCUUUCUCGAAUUGGUAUUCCUUUUGAUUUUCAUUUGUUCUUUUUAUAUAUAAUUUAUUCAAGAGGUUUACUUUUUUAUUGGUUAAUGCUGAGUAUUUUGAUUGAGAGGUUAAGCCAGGGCGAUCGUUUCAGUCGAGAUAGCUGUACCAGGUCGCAGGAUGUCUGUGAAUGUGUAAGUAACAGUGUGGCUGAAGUAAUGAUCAUGGAAAUAAAGGAUAUGUAUCAUCCA